AUGAUUUUGAGUUUAUAAAAGUUAUAAAAUAAAUCAAUUUUUUUUACAAAAAUAUAUAUUUUUAUUUAAAAAAAAAAAUAGUGUAUAGGUACAGGUACAUUUGGUAAAGUAUAUUUGAUAUAAAAAAAGGACAAUCGUAUUAUUUAUUUUUUAAAAAAAAAAACGAUAAAAUUUAAUAAUUAAAAAAUAAAAGAAAAGACUUAUGCUAUAAAAAUAUUAAAAAAAAUUAAUUUCAAAAAUAAAAAAUAAAUAAACUAAAUUUAAACAGAAAGAAAUAUAUUAGUAAAUAUAGAAAGUCCUUUUAUAGUUUAAGUAAAAUACGCAUUUUAGAAUUCAGUUAAACUAUACAUUGUAAUGGAAUUUUGUUAAGGAGGGGAUAUAUUUAACCAUAUGGUAAAACAUCCUUGUUUUCCUGAAAAUAAAGUUAAAUUUUACGCUGUUGAAAUAUUUUUAGCAAUAAAAACCUUACAUGAAAAUUAAAUCCUAUAUAGAGAUUUAAAACCUGAAAAUAUUUUAAUAACUUCAUCAGGAAAUAUUAAAUUGACAGAUUUUGGAUUAUCUAAAUCUUAAUUUAAAAAUAAAUAACUUACUUAUACUUAUUGUGGAACACCGGAAUAUAUGUCUCCGGAAAUGUUAAAAAAGGAAGGACAUGAUUUUUCAACAGAUUGGUGGAGUUAUGGGGCCGUUAUUUAUGAAAUGCUUAAUGGAGCUCCUCCUUUUUAUAGCAAAAAUUAAAAAGAUAUGAUAGAAAAUAUUAAGAAAACAGACGUUUAAUUAGGUAAAAAUUUAUCAGUAGAAUGUUAAGACUUUUUAAAGGGACUAUUAUAAAGAGAUGUAUUUAAAUUGGGAAAUGGACCAAAUGGAGCAUAAGAUAUUUAAAAUCAUUCAUUUUUUAAAAAUAUUGAUUGGGAAUCAUUUCUUUAACUCAAAGUUGAGCCACCUUUUAUCCCUAAAAUAUGUAAUAGAUAUGAUUUGAGUAAUAUAGAUUAGGAUUUUGUUAGAUAAAAAAGUUGUGACACUCCAUUUGAAUAAUUUGAAAGGAAUUCGAAAAAAAAUAAUUUUUAAGGAUUUUCUUAUGAAAA